UCGAGGCUACAGUCAGCAAAGCAUAGCCCAGCAACAACCCUCGUAGCAUGGCGGCAAGUUAUAAACAGCAGCACAGCAACGUCGAAGCGAUGCUGAUACUCGAGUUUGAUCGUAGGGGUGUGGGGCUGACACAAAUCCAAGCGUUAGGGGAGGGCGAUCAGGCGGAACAGCGGCCUAAGAACGUCCUGAGGACUUACCAUAUGGAGAGUGAAUGUGGCGAAGCGGGCUAGCGGCGGAAGGGUGUAUGAAGCCAAAAAAGGCAGAUGCAAGGAGGAACGGAUUGAUUCUUGAUGGUCGAUGCUUGAUGGCCGUGCGGUGAUGAUGCUCGGAAGUGCGUGUACUGUACGCAAUAUUGAAGGACCCGUGGUACCAGCGCGAGGCAGGGGCACAGGCACAGGUAGAGACGACCGCGGUUGAAAAGAAUUGUAGCUCACUUAGGCAGGCCUAUCAGAAUGUGUUUCAGUAUGAGUGUAGGUGUGGGCAUGCCCGAUAGCCGAGUAGAGGUUUUCACUGGAUAAUUCAUGCUAUACCAACUCUGUACUGACGGUGACACCGGCACUCCGGAUGAUGCGUCUACCGUAUGGCUGAGAUACCAGGUCCACAGAAAGUUAAGACCAUGGUUCUUUAACCGAGCUUCAAGCGACCUCAAUUGGUUUCUUGGUUCACCUGAAAACAAGCAGGAGGCGCUGAGUCGCUGACUGGACGAUGACGUGUGGGAGUACGACGAGCGUCCAUGAAGGUGCCAGUGGGGCGAAAGAAAGAUGAUCCGAUGCCCUGAAUAGUG